UGCCCUGCCCUGCCCUCGCCCUAGAAUAAAGUAGCGGCCUCAGACAGCGCCUCCCCUCAAUGCACGCGAGCUAGCGAGCGAGCGCAGCAGCAGGAGCAGCCGCAGCCGCAGCAGCAGCCGCAGCCGGGAGGAGCGGCGAGCAGAGCCCAGCCCGCGAGCGCCCCUGCCUCGCCUCAGCCUCUGCCUCUGCCCGAGCCCAGCCCGUCUGCCCUGCGGAGUAGGAGGCCCCCGGCCCCGGCGGCAGCAGCAGCAGCAGCAGCCGCAGCCGCAGCCUAAGCCCAGCAACAGCGCGCCCGGUCGCCCAGCCGCCCAGCCGCCCAGCCACGGGUCCUGAAGAGGCUGCCAAAAUGCCUGAGGAAAGUUCUCCUAGGCGGACACCCCAGAAUGUCCCUUAUGAGGGCCUUCCCCAUCUGGUCAAUGCAGAUGGGCAGUAUCUCUUCUGCAGAUAUUGGAAGCCCAAAGGGAUGCCAAGGGCCCUCGUGUUUAUCUCUCAUGGUGCUGGUGAACACUGCGGCCGCUACGAUGACUUGGCCCAGAUGCUGACUGAACUCGACCUGUUGGUGUUUGCUCAUGACCAUGUUGGCCAUGGACAGAGCGAAGGUGAGAGGAUGAUCGUGUCUGAUUUCCAUGUUUUCGUCAGGGAUGUGCUCCAGCAUGUGGAUCUCAUGCAAAAAGAUCACCCUGGGCUUCCCAUCUUCCUUCUGGGGCAUUCCAUGGGAGGAGCCAUUGCCAUCCUGACUGCUUCCGAGAGACCAAAUUCUUUUUCUGGCAUGGUGUUAAUAUCACCUUUGGUGGUCGCCAGCCCAGAAUCGGCAACAACUUUCAAGGUCCUUGCUGCGAAAGUUCUCAACCUUGUUCUCCCCAACCUAUCCCUGGGAUCCAUUGACUCCAAUGUGAUUUCCCGAAAUAAGACGGAGGUGGAUUCCUACAACUCAGAUCCCCUGAUCUGCCAUACAGGAUUAAAGGUUUGCUUUGGCAUCCAGUUGCUGAAUGCUGUAUCCCGGGUGGAGAGGGCCCUCCCCAGGCUGACCCUGCCAAUUCUGCUGCUGCAGGGAUCUGCCGACAAGCUGUGUGACAGCAAGGGGGCCUAUGUACUCAUGGAAGCUGCCAAAAGUCAGGAUAAGACCCUGAAGAUCUACGAAGGUGCCUACCAUGUCCUCCACAAAGAACUUCCCGAAGUGACAAGCUCUGUCUUCCAUGAAAUAAAGAUGUGGUUCUCUCAAAGGAUAGCUUCAGGAGGAGCCACUUCCAAAUCCUAAGCAUAUUAGCCUGUCAUGGUCUAUGGGAAAUAGGCAGAGAAAGGGGUGGAAGCUGGUUUCUUGGCUUCGUCUUACCAAAAUCUCAAAUUGGAGGAAUUCCUAGCACAAUUUGUUAAAAAAAAAUAUGUAGACAUUCCUAUUAUGGGAUGACCCCCCUGUCAGCUAUUUGAACAUUUCCCUUAAGGGGAGGGGAGUGGGGAGGGAGAAACCCUUUAUGGAAAAAGGGUACCAGGUGGGGAAAAAGCUACAGGCAAAUCUCAAGAUAGGGUCUCUAUGCCAACGAUUAUAGGAAGGAGCCCCUGUACACCAACUCUCCCAGCUCCGGCAGGGGAGUAGGGUCUCUCUAUGCUGCACUAAUAUUUGCAGUGGUUUUAUAAUUGACAGUUUGUUGAGUUUCUCCUCCUGAUGUGAUCUGUAUCAGAAGGACUCCUGCCCUGUUCCCCCACUUCCCACUUUCCAUUUGAUGUUCAGAUAGACAGAAUGUGAGUCCUAUAACCAGAGGAGCCAGGUAGGAGAUCUUCUCGUCAUGGGAUCAGUGUAAGUCAUUCCAUGAUCUAUUGCGUGGCUAAUUCAGCUGGCUGGGAUUGUAGUGCCACCAGAGUGAGGCUGUCAUCCCACAGAAAAACUGAACAUGGGGGCACAUUAAGCUCCUUCUCAAUAGAAUCAGGUUUUCAGGGGAAAAUCAGAAUGAAAUAUUCAAAAGGAGCCUGAAAAAUAAGAGUACAUGAACGAACAAAACAGGAGACAAUUCUCUAUUUUCCCCAAAUAGACCCUUCCCCUUUCAAAGGACAGAAACCCUGGAGUUAAUAGACAAAUCUGCUAUAUACCUUCAAAGAAUCCACCUCGACUUAUUUAGCCACUGACACUACGAAAGAAAAAGCCGUAUUUAAUAUAAAAUGUUUAAUAUAUGAUGCAUAUUUUAAGAAAUAUAGUAUUUUGGUGAUUGGGAGAAGACUAAUUAUCAGAGACCAAGGAGGGUUUGUGAGGACCUUGCUAAAAAAAAGUCCAUGGUGGAUAUGGGUGAAACCCUCAAGACUCAAGACAGUUGCCCAGCCUAGCUCUUCCCAUCUCUGUCUUCUUCAAAGGGUGCCAUUAGGAUCACUUAUAUCUCUUAAUAUGGCUCUAGCCAUCGGUCUUUGCCCCCAGCUUUGCCUAUUAGCCUUGGGGGAAGACAAGAGUGGACUCUGCUGAUGAGGGCCCAGAGGUGUUCCAUUGCUCUUUGGAAGAUGUUCAUCACUCCGAAGAACAGGACCUAAGGUGCCUUUCCAGGGUCCCUCACCCCACCCAUAAUCCCAGAUUGACUCUCUGGAAGAGAGCAGCUAUGUCCACAUCCAUCUGCCAGCUAAGGCCCGACUCUCUCGGAGUAAGAACCAGCAAGACUUAGGAAAUAUAAGCAUUGGAAAUGAAAUGGUUUGAGUAGAGAGCUAAUGGUACCAAGAACACUGUUUGGGUGGUCUGCCAUCGAGGAAACUAAAGCAAGUCUGAACAGCCCAGAAGAUGCUCAGGAGAUAAGACAAGAGAAAACAGGAGCUUUCAAGGUGACAUUGGUGUGAGUGAUGAGCAAACCCUGGAGACAGUCUUCCUCCCUUCAUCGAUUCUACAUGGAGGGCACUUCUCACGCCAGGGUUUCCCAUCAAGUCGGUGGUGUGCGGGGCACCGAUUGGCUUUGCCAGACCUAGUCCAGCUCAUCUCCAGUACCUGAAUGAUGUGGGAGCAUAGAAGACAAACUGACUCAGCAGUCUUGCUGCUUGGGUAACUGCUCCCUACAUUCCAUUUGGUGCCCUCAGGAUGAAGUGAGGGCCACCGAACAUUUCCUGGAGAAGUCACCGUACCGAGGACACAGCUACCUCUGGUGGAAGGAUCCGGGUGCUCCCAAAUUGCCGGCACAUUCUCCCCAGUCUUGUCUGGCUCAUUGAAAAUGGACCUUGAAGGAGAGAUGGGGAAAUUGUUUGCCUCGUUUCCCAAGUCCGCCCAGCGCCGCCAGGAGAAUUUAAUAGCCCUAAAAAUACAAAUGUGGGAAAGCCAGAAGCAAGUUGGAGUUUUGCAUAAUUAACAAGCUGAAUUCAGGGGGGGAGUUGCUUCCUUAAGCCAAUGAGGGAAACUCAUCUUCUCUCUCUCAGGCACCUGACGGUAGAGUCAGAGGAGAUGGAAGAAGGAUGCCUCCGGCCCUGAUUCCAAUCCAGCGGCCCACGUCUUCUCAGGUGUUGUUUCCAUCUGCCUCCCUUUUCCCCUUUUCUCUUCUCUUCCCCUCAAUGAAUGCCAGCAAUAAAUAGGGGGUCAUCUGGCUAAGACUCUGCAGUACUGUCUUUUCCAAAAUAGACUUUUUUAAAAAAAAAAAAAACUCUGCAUGGUUCAUCAGAUACACAGCUGUUGUGAAGCUCUGAAAGGGACAAUUCAAGGAACAAACUCCACCACAAGGGUCCCUCCCACCCAUCAGUCUGCAGGACUCAUUUCUGUUUCCAGAACCGCACAUAGACGCCAACCUCAUCCACUGAAAUGCCAACACCAGUUUCACAACAGAGAGGGAAAAAUUACAUCUUUCUACCACCCUGCUGAGAAGUGAGAUUUUGGCCAAAUGCCUUCUUCCCUCCCUUUCCAGGCCUCAAACUCAGCUGUAGAUCUGAAGGUGAGGCAGAGCCUUGGAAAAGGCAUUUACUGAAAUAUACCUGCCACAUCGCCCAGGAGCUAAAAAGGUGCUUCUUGCUCCCAUCCCAGCUCAGCUCAUCGCUACUUUGUGGGACAACAGUUUAUAUGGCUAGGUUAACAGUGACUGGCAGUAAAAACUACUACUGGUACAGCCUCAUCCAUGCCUACCACCUCCAGGACCCCACUUUGGCCAUGAGAGCCUGGGCUCAGGGAAGAGUCAAUGAGAUGAGCCACCUCAGAGAGAUGGAAACCUCUUCCCCCAGCUCCCACAAGAUACGGCUACCUUGGUCACCUAGCUCAAAGGCCACCACUCUAGGCUGGCAGGAGGGUCUUACUCCUGAGCUCAUUUCCAGUGAGAUCCAGAGAAGAACAAAUGACCCCUGGUAAGACUGUGAGUACAUAGUAAUUUCAUAUCCACCUUAGCCAGGGCAUUACCAAAGGCAGGAGACAGACAGGCACCUAUGGGUUCAUUGGCAAUAGAUGCCAUAGUCCAUUUGGUUUCAGAUGUCUCAAUUAUGUGAUCCCCCCUCCUUUAGCAUCAGUUACCUGGGGAGGGAAAAAUAAUGCAGAGAUUGAGUUCUGGGCAAAAGAUUAACCCACAUAUACUUAGCAGGACCAAAGAAUCCAUCAAAAGAGCGCCAUUUUUAGCUGAAGAAAAAAGCAAAAAUCUUGAGUAGAGCCCUUAGCCUUCUAAGCAGUGAAUGCUAGUCUUUAGGAUGGGAGGGUUGAUCAUACUUAUCAUCCUCGCUCUUCUCCCAACAGUUCCUCGAAAAAGCACCCACUCCCCCCCCCCAUCCAGCCCUCCUAAUCCAGGGCCCAGGGAGUACUGAGAGGCAGGACCUAGUCUUCCAUUGGGCACUUUGAGGCUCACAUGCCUUAGCUAUGUACUGAGAAGGUUUCUGAAGCAAGGUAUGAAGAGGGAAACUGACUUCUGAAGAAACUGACCCAGGUGCUAGGGCUACUUCAUCUAACUGCCAGUGGAGGGACAAUCCCCCUUGGACUGAGAUCAGUCUUGUUAUGGACAGAAGCAGGCAGAAGUUCCCAAACCUGUAAGGAGCAAAUGACAGAAAUCUGAGUUAAACUGAGGCAGCCAGCCAUACCUGGCACCGUGGAAGGUGAGGUGGAAAUAAAGGCCAAAAAAGAAGAGGAGGAGGAGGAAGGGAUAGAGAAAGGGAGAACUCUUUGGCUGGUAUAACUGGGUCUUGAGGAUACUAGGGACUGAUAAACCAGAGUAGAGACCUAUCUGUGAAGAAAUUGUAUCCACGGAGUAGAAUGUAAGCUCCUUGAGGCAGGGACUGUCUCUCUCUUAUAGUUGUAUCCCCAGCACCUAGCACAGUGGCUGGCACUGAACAAAUGCUUGUUGGUUGGUGCCCCACCAUCCAGUCCCUUUAAUCUUAAGGGGUUUUAAACUGUGAGCAUGUGAUGCCCAGCACCUUGAGCAUGGUAGGAACUUAAUAAACACUUGAUUGAAUUGCACUGGAUAGGAAUGGAUUAGAUUGGACUGGAUGUGCAUGUGAAGCUUUUGUAUUGGAAUGGAAACCAGUUGUUGCUGGUGAAGGUCCCUGGUCCCCUGGGAAUCUCACCCUUUCACCAAGCCCCUCGUCCCCAGUGGUGAUGGGGAGGUGGCAGGUGGCACGCUCAGGUCUUGAUUCCAAACCAUGUGGACUUCCACCCAUCAGUGGCACUGCCUUCCUCGUGCACUAUUGGAGGGAACUGGGUUUUCCUUUAAAAGAAGAACAUAGCCCAAUAGUGAUUGAGCAAUAGUACUCUGUGCCUGCUUCCCUUCUCCUUCCUGCCCCCGUCACUCUAGCAUCCAAAGGCCCUACAUAACAAAAGGCCAGAAGCACUUCUGUUCAAUGCUGUUUUCUUCCCUGUCCCCAGCCCUGCACUUUAACCUGUUGCUAACAUAAACCUAUCAAGACCCCCAAGUGAUUCCUAGCCCAUUGCUCUUGUCAUGUUCCAUCGCAGUUCAAUGACAUAGACACAUAUAGACUUUAGUGGGGGCAAAUGUGUACACGUUUAGCACUAUUACAAGAACACAAUGUAUGAUUACUGCUAAUCGAUAAUAAAAACCUAUGUUUUCUGAAUGGC